AUGUCUGCAUUUGAUAGAUUUAACAUUCAUGCUCAGUUGGAACAUUUACAAAGUAAAUACCAAGGAUCUGGGCACUCCGACACAACUAGAUGGGAAUGGCUAACCAAUAUUCACAGAGACACAUUGGCAUCUCAUGUAGGACAUUAUUCUAGAUUAGCUUAUUUUGCCAUUGUAGAGAAUGAACCAAUUGCAAAAAUAAGAUAUCGCUGUCUUCAGAAUAUGUCCCUACCAAUAGUUCCAAAUUCAAAAAAGGAGCCAAAGCAAUGA